UGGCUGCAUUUUGUUUGAGAUCUGGACUUGGAGAAGAAAAAAAUCCUGUUGUCGACCUACAAACUCCUUGCUAACACAGCUAGCUGUUGUCGACGGAAGGAAGCAGGAGUUGCGUCGACUAUUUAGCAAAACCUGUGGAAGUGGUAACUGCGUAAUGUAUUUGUAGAUGAGGAAGGUUCUCCAUCAAGUCGAAGUAUCUGAAAGUUCGGCUUGCUUGUUUGAGAUUUGGCGUAUAAUGAUGCGAAGUUCAGGCUAGUUGUGUGUGAUGCGCAGCGCUGCAACUAGCAGGUCACCCAGUAUGGCUCAAGACAGACGCACAACACUAGUUCACAUGGAUAUGUUGGAUCCUCAUCGUGUCUACCGAGGUAUCGCUCAGCCAAACCAAGACAAGCCUGGCUUCAAGUUCAAGUCGCAGUUUCGAAAUCCAUGUAGUUUGCGUCAAAAGCCUGUCAGAUCAGGGUACCAGCGACCAAGACGAACAUUAGGUCCAUGGAAAGAUAUCCAGGCUAUAAUCAACCCUGUGCCAAGCUCCACGUCUCGGGAAAAGGAUUUUGAACGCAUGUGGCGAGCAAGCAGGCGGCCCGCAGUGGAGAGACCACUGACAGUCAGCAGCGAUUCAAGUGAGAUUAUCCCACGGAAGAGACGAACAGUCUGUACCAAGUUUACGCACGAUCAGCCGUGCAUACAGAGCCCUUUCAUAACGUCAAAGGGAAACGUUCUGGAUCGAUACAGUUCGGAGAAAACUAUGAGACGAGUCACUGGUGAACUGGCAGAUUUGCUCCUUGCUGGAGAAAAAAAACACCCACCGAAAAAUGUAGAACCCGGCAUGUUUCUAACUCCUUUGAACCGACCCCGUCCACGUGCAACACUAUCUCUGCAUCUGGACAAGAGAGAGAAAGAAGACUGGAAGAGGGCAUUUGCUAAACGGAAGUUCUGUGGAAACAGAUUUGACGUGUUGUCCGCUGAGUGGACAGAUGAUGGCGGAAGAGGUGAUGAAAUAGGUUACGAGGCCGAGGAGAGUAUCAUUGAAGAGGCAUACCUCACUACGUACAUCAUGGGAAGUAAGAGCGGGAAGCAGACACAAAUCUAUGGUCCCGUGCCUUUAGAGUACCUUUCCAGUCCAGCCAUUCCUGAGUCACUGCUACACUUGGCUGAUAUGCUGCCUGAUAAAUUUGUCUACAAUUCUGAGUAUACAUUAGUUCUCGCUUUGGACAACACUCUUAUCUGCACAUCUGAUACACAGCUGGUGGGCAAGUAUUAUGAGCAGAUAAUUGAGUUGGACAGUGACAACGUCUGCUACAUGUACGCACGUCCUCAUCUGUUGCACUUUCUGAAGCUCAUGAAGCAGGACUUUGAGAUCAUAGUCUACACGACAGCACAACCCGGCUACGCAAAGCAGGUUGUCGACUGGCUGCACUCGCAGCAAAACAACAUCGUUGAGCACAUUCUACACCAGUACAAUUGCCUGGAAGUCGAUGGCCAGCUGGUCAAGUGUGUUGCGCGACUCGGCCGGGAUCUGACAAAGACAGUCCUGAUCGACAAUGAUCCGCUGCAAGUAGCGCACAACUGGCCGAAUGCACUGUGGGUGGAAAAGUGGACGGGCGAUGACAAAGACGACACGUUGUUCCAAUUGCGCGAAGAACUUCGAGCACUGGUCAAAGAUAAACCUAAGGACAUCAGGCCUCAACUAACAUCUGGCUUGCCGAUGUCAGCGUACAACACUCGUAAGCAGAGACGCUUUAGAUUAUCAAACCUUGAGGUAGAGACACCAGUAGGGGUACAGGUACUGAGAUCGGCGACUAUAACGGGGGAAGAUACGGAGGCAAGAAGAGUUCGCCUUAUGCUGGAGAAGUCGGCAGCGGAUCAAGAAACACCACUAGAGAAGCAACGGGAAAGAUGGACACGAAAGAAGAAAGGAGACAAGAUGGAUGGAAUUGGAAAUGAAAAUGGACCUGGAAAGGAAAGGAAGCAUUGGACGCCUAAGAAGAGAGGCGUUGAUUGGUACACAGGUAAGAAAAGAAAUUAGUCCAUGAGCAUUGUAACACAACUAACACUACUGUUGUUUUAGAUGAAGAACCAAAGUCAUAGAUAUUGUACCUUGUUUAGUAAUGGCUACACUCAGUAAUGACGGUUAGUCUUGUUGCAUGCCAACAUCUACAAUAUCUGUGUCUAUCUCUCUCACUGUCUCUGUCUCUCUCUGCCUCUGUGUCUGUCUCUCUCUCCCUCUCUCUCUCUCUCUCUCUCUCUCUCUCUCUCUCUCUCUCUCUCUCUCUCUCUCUCUCUCUCUCUCUCUCUCUCUCUCUCUGUCUCUCUCUCUCUCUCUAACUGU